AUGGGCUAUUCCCCGCGCCGUGAGACUGCCAAGGCACCUACGAAGACUCCGGCGAAAACUAAAGCUGAUGACAAAAAACCCCGAAAACCGGAGACGAAGUCGCUUAAGGAUAAAAUCCGAAGCCGCCGAAUAGUUUCCGAAGCUGCUAAGAAGAUCAUACAGAGAAGACGCUACUUGCGUUUGAAAAGAAUUAUAACUCUGCGAGCAGAAAAGUACCUUCAUGAAUACCGUCGGGCGGAGAAACGUGAAGUCAAUCAGAUCCGCGAUGCGAAGAAAGCCGGGAAUUUCUAUGUUCCUGCUGAACCAAAGCUCGCAUUUGUCGUUCGUAUUCGUGGUGUUAACGGUAUCCAUCCGCAGCCGCGAAAAAUUAUGCAGUUGUUCCGCAUUCGACAGAUCAACAAUGGAAUGUUCGCCACGCUAAACAUGCUACGGAUCAUCGAUCCGUAUGUCACAUGGGGUUAUCCAUCCCUGAAAACAGUCCGCCAGCUCAUUUACAAGCGCGGGUUCUGUCGUUAUCACGGCCAAAGGUUGCCACUUUCCAAUGAACUUAUCCAACGCAAACUUGGGUCCUACAAUAUCCUGUGCGUGGAGGACCUCGUCCACGAAAUUUACACCGUCGGACCUCACUUCAAGCAAGCUGCUGCUUUCCUGUGGACUUUCAAGCUUUCCAACCCUACUCGCGGAUUCCGUAAGAAGGGACGGCACUUCGUCGAAAGUGGUGACUUUGGCAAUCGUGAGAAGUACCUGAAUCAGCUAUUGCGCCGCAUGAUUUAA